UCUGAAAAUGAUAACUAAAUAAGAACAAGAAGAAUGAUGGCUGUUCCAGUCCCAGUCUAACUUAACUUAACUUAUUAGCCAUAAUAUAUUUUUGGUUAGAAACGAUUAAUGAGAGAAGGCGGGUUGCGCGUGCGCCUUUAGUCUUCGUAUCUUGUACUGCUACGCCGCUGGGCGUGUCCCGAUUUCUUUUUAUUUACAUUCAUCUCGUUCCUCAUCAACAAGACAUAGGAAGGAGGAAGGGCCGUCACGAAACCUUUCUGCUUUUAGGAUGAGUCCCACUAUUAUCAACUAUGCUGAAGAAUAUUUUCACACACUAAGCCCUUUGGCAAAAAGGAUUGUUGAGGAGAUUUGCCACACUAGGGAGGCUUACGAAGCCCUUUGGGAUGGCCUCAGUGUCCCUGAACAGCGUCAGAUCCUCGACGAGGCCAUAAUAAAACCUGAGGCUAUCCUGAAAUACAGUAGGUCGGCAGCUAGCAAAGUGACUGAAGUGGAGGUCUACCCUUGCAUCAGGAUCCAAACCGGCUCUAAAUUUGUGCACUACGAUGAUGGCUCAAAUGGCAAAGGUGUGAAAUGGCGAGAUGAACACUCGGCGCCUUUUUCUUGGCUGACAAGGAGCCAACAGGAUUUGCGAAUUUUUGGAUCAAAUGAUCCCCAGCCAACCCCCACUCACAAAAAAUCUAAAAGCUCCACGCCAGUAAGGAAAUCCAAAGCACCUGCUCCUCCAGUUUGCCCUGAAAAUCACAUGGAUCCACCGAGUUUGGUGCUUGGUGGGUCUAGUGCGCAACUCAUCGAAGAAGACGAGAAUCUCAGCCCAUCUAAGAAAACCAUCCUGAACAGACUCAUCAGUAAAACUGGGGUCUUUAAACUACCUUUUCCUAACAAGCUCAAUGGGAACAAUGACACUGAAGAGGUUGAAAAUGAAAAUCUGCUCACUCCGCGACAAGUCAGUGCCAAAAUAGUGAAGCCGUCGGUCCUGAAACCAAAGUUGCCUCCGCCGCCGCCUCCAAAAAGGAAGGAAACGUCACCUAAUGAUGAUGGUCAAACUUCUCUUGAGGCACAUUCUCCUGAGGAUGUAGUCACAACCGAAGAUGAAUUUUCUGACGCUCGAAGUGAUUGGAAAGAGGAAACAGAUGGAGAUACUCCACUACUUACGCCAGCCAGUCCUGCCUUGGGAGAUUUUGAUGCUGGGAUCCCAAAGACUGGGCUCGACUUCCUGGACAAUUGGUAAAAUCAGUCAACGAGCUCUGCUUGCUGGAAGAUACCAAUUCUUUAAAUUCUUGAUCUUUUUGUAGCAUAUGAAUUAUAAGUACUGCUGAAUUUUAUAGAUUAUUUUUGAUCUUGAUUGCUCUCUAGCUAACUUAACUUUCUGAAGACGUAUUAAAUAAAUUAAUGUUGUAAAAUACCAAGUUACACUAAGCAGAAAUUUAAGGUCGUGCCCGUAAUGUGUUUUAAUGUACUGCGUGAGUCAGGAACUUAAAAAAUCCGUUCAUAUUCGUAACCAAUAAUUGAACUCUGCCCAAUCAAGUCAAUUCAGCUCAUGAAGUUGUGUUCAAUUUUGAGCUUCACUUGAUGCGCAAACUAUUGCUGACAUCACUACUAGCAACUGUUGUUGUAAAAUCUAGUAAAACAGGAAUAUUGAAAAAAAUUUACAUAUCUAUAAAUAACAGAAAAGCUCAUUUUGUAUUAAAGAAAAUUCCGUGCCUUUUUCGUGUACUAAGCCUUAAUUUACUAGACUGAUCAGUUUUCACUUGAUUACCUAAAUAUCAAACAGACAUCUAUUCAAUCAGUCGCUGUUCAUUUUAUACUUUUUCAAUAAACUUUGUACUAUGAAGUGGAAUUGGAAUAAAUCACUAAAUGUUCAUAAUCCAAAACCAAGGGUUUGUGUUCACU